AUGACAUUUGCCCUGAGGCAAUUAGUGUUAUGGACCGGGUUUGUCACAGUGAUCGCUAUUCCACCCUCUCUUCCCAGCUCUAAAUUGGCUUUUCAACAGGAAAAUUAUGGUAAGCGAAAACGAGAUUUUUUAAUUUUAAAAACGUUGUAACUCUGUUAAUUCUGCAAAACGCGGUUUGAAAUUUUUAGCAAUGCCUAAGAAAGUCGUAUUCUGUAAUUUCCGAAAGUUUCAAGAAGUUUAGUCCACUUUGAAAAACGAGAUUUUUUGAAUUUCAAUGCGUUAAAUUGCGGCCAAUCCUUGAAAACAUGGUUCAAAAACCUACUAGGGUCCUCAAAAAGGCAUUACUUUUCAUUUUUUAUAAGUUUCGGAAUAGUGACAUUUUAUACGAUGAAACAUGUUUUUCCAAAAAAGACCUCAAGGAGCCGUAUUUUACAAAUUUCUUUUCAGAAAACGCUGCUCCAGCGUGGUACCAGAUGCCGGAACGUCCUGAAAAUCCAUAUGUAAAUACACGAUCGCCGUAUGGCCCUCAGCCAGACAAGCACACUUUUGUUCCCGUUCCCUCGCCUUUCGAAUUACCCCGACCAAGAACUCCGCUUGAAAUGGCAAAUGGGCAUAUCGUGGAUGCCGCCCAAGAGGUUGGUUUGGAAUUUUGUGAACCUUAAAAUAGCUUGAUUUGACAAUUUUAUACGAUAAAAGCUUUCUGUGAGUAUUUCAUCGUAUAAAAUGGCAAUAAAACAAAACAUUUUUACAAAAAUUAGAGACUCCAGCGCGUCUUAAAGCCUAAGAAUCCAAUUUACUUUUUUAUUUUUGAUUUCGGAAUUAUUUUAUACGAUGAAACCUGUCUGGACACGUUUUAUCGUAUGAAAUGGUUCUAGGGAGGAAUAUUCAAAAACCAACUGGCAUCAAAUACAUAGUAUAGCCUAAAAAAGCAAUUAUGACCGGACUUUUGUUAUUGGUGCCAUUUUAUACGAUGAAACAUGUUCACGCGUGUUUUAUCGUAUAAAAUGGCACUUUUUCCUCUAGGCAAGAAAAUUCGAAUAUUUUUGGAUUUUUCAUGGUUUUCGAAAUGGGCUUGGUCUUUUAAUAACUUUAUAUUCGAUUGUCUAUAACUGGAAAGAACAAAAUAAUUUUUAGUCAUCACUUUCUCUGCCAUUUUACUCAUUUACCCCUCAAAAAAUCUUUUUUUUUGCAUGUAUCUUAAUUUCAAACCACACUUAUGUUCCUUACGUUCAUUUUUAUUUCGAUUUGUUUCCUUAGCCCCACAUCAACGGCUUUUUCCGCACCCUAAACGGCCAAGUCACCAACCUCGAGCGUUAUAUGCCGCUUCUGGCCAAAAAACUUGGAGUUACCACCUCCACCACUACCCGCACCACAACUCCUAGGCCCACAAAAGCUGCGAGAAAGUCGAGCAUGUCGUCGCGAUCGCGUCAAAAGGCAUCCUCAACCGAAAGACCUUAUACGAGACGAGGUUUGGGGAAUGUCGAAAAAUGCUGGGAUUGCUCUACGGUAACGGUCCAAUUAGUGACAGCUACCCCAAUGGCGACGCCUAUGAGCAAACGGAAGCUGAAGAUUGUGAAAAAGCCGAGGAAUAACAGGGUUACAACUAAAGAUCCAUGGGUGAUCGAGCUGACCAAGGAGCCGAAGGAGAAAUGGCCGAGUAUGCAGGUCACCACAAAAGAUCAUUGGAAUCGAUUCACCAUUGCGACGAGAGCUACCACCAGCCGGCCUCAGGAGAGUCGCCAAGUGCCUAAGGGCAAAGGAUUGAGUAAAAUUGAUAAAAAUGGAAAAGAGAUCGAGGAAAAUGAAACCGCCCAAAAAAUUGGCGAAAAAUCAAAAUCGACUGGUAAAUUAACACAAGCCGGAGUUACGGUUACUCCAGAACCUCCUGAGGAACAUACUGAUGUCAGCACUAAUACAAAAAUCGAUGUGAAAACAAAGGAAUAUACGAAAUUAACAGUGUCCGGGAAGUCCUCGGGCUCCGGCCGUCCGGACAUGAUUUUGGAGACGAAGCGGACGGUGAAGAACGGUGGCGUUUUAACAGAUCUCAAAGGACCUCUGGAGAUGUUGAAUAAAGCCAAGAACGGAUGGACUCAUAAAGAAAAUCGACCGAAAAUCGACUGCCCCGAGAGCAAUGUCUCGCCCAUCGAAGUGGCCAUUGUUUGGGUGGGUGAUAUACAGUAACAGGGUGACAUAUGACAUGAAGUGUGUGGUAAACCUAAUUGUCAUGAUGUGAACUAACAACGCUUUUGACUUGAUGUCCAUAUUCGGAAAGAGCGAUGAGAAAACGAAAUUUUUUGAAAAAUGAUGACAUUUGGAGCUGUGGUGAAGAAAAUGGAUUGGCAUGGUAAAAUAAGGAACUAAUGGAGUUUUAUUUGCUAUUAUAGGACCUUCUAAGGCCCCUAUCAUCUCUUUAAAAUUUCUAUUUUGAGUUUGCAGUGCUUGGUUUGUCAUUUCCGACCUUGUUUUAGACAUCAAGCAGAUCAAAGUUGAUAGAUUUUUUUCUAAAGAAGCAAAUUAUGUUAUGCCAUAUUAUCAUAGCGUUUGAAUUAGCAGAAAAUUAUCUUUCAACCCUAAAAAUUUCAUGCUAUACUCUUCAGAACUGAAGAAGUUACGGUUGUUUUUUUCAAAAAUCAUCCUUUUUGAAAAAAUGGCUGUUCGAAAUUUCACGACUACUCUAAUAUAAAGCGCUCUAGAGCCCUAAAAUUUAUAACGUAUACUCUCUACUAUAUAUUCUACUAUUUCCAAAAGCUCUGAAGUGAUAUCUAACAUUGUUUUCUUCUAGAUUGUCACUCAAUUCAAACACAAGAGUAAUGUAAGUUCAUCUUCUUUGAUGUGUAAUAUCUACCGUUGUAGUGUGUGAAACAGCGUAAAAUUUUAAUUUAAAAUACGCCACAGCAUGCUUUCACAUCUUUACUAACAAUUCUUUACUUUCAGGCCAGUACCGAGUUGAUCGAAGCCAUUAAAGAGGCGCUUUCAAAGUUCCGAAGCACUCUGACGGCGAGACAAAUGGCUCACCAGCCCGAACCGCAUGCUGAUAUUGCCGAUUUGGGCAGGGAAUUGGAGAACACUUGGACUCAGCUGAAAGAUAGUAUGUUUGGAUUUUAAAAAUAUGCCUUGCUUUGUCCUUUUUUAAGUUCAAAAAUAGCAAAAAUUUUGCGAAAAAUAUUAAAAAUCGAAUAAAAAAUCUGAUUUUUCAUGCGUAAAAAGAAACAAAUAAGAUUGUAAAAUACGUCACAGGACCAAAGAUGUCAUUCUUCCUCUAAAAAUUUCAAAAAAAUUAUAUUUUUUGGGCUUCUUUUAUAUUACACUAGAUCUGAUCCCUAAAAUAAGGUCCGAAUCCCCCUUUAAACUUUCUCAAACUCUUUCAGGCGGCUUCCUAGAACGUGCCGUGGCCGAACUCGCGUUGUCCGACCCUCAAAUCUCCGGGCAUGAGGGUAUUGACACCGACGCCGCUGCUCGAAAAAUCGACGAACUUUGGCGGGAAGCGAUGUUGGCAUCGGCCGUAGGACAAAUGACAGAGCCCGACCCGAUCAACCGACCCAUGUACGAUGACGUCAGAGGAUAUGAGCAGCCAAAACGGGAAAUGGUGGGUGAAAUGAGCAAAACAUUAAUUUAGAUGAGGUCUAAAGUAAUAUUCUUGGAUUUUUGGUAUUUUUUGGAAAAAAUUUUAGUUGAAAUGGAUCUCAAAAGGCUUCAUUAAACUUUCUGAAGUAUUUUGAAGGCUUAAAAUCCCGUUAAAUCUUCCAAAAAAGUUCAAAUCCUCAAAAAAUCCCAGAAAUCCUCAAAAAACACCAAAAAUCUUCAAAAAACCCCAAAAAUUUACCUCUAAACUUUCAGCCAGUAAACUGUCAUCAAUUCUCGUUGUUGUGCAAACUACUGCGGCCAUUUACAAAGUGA